CCAGUUUGACACACUUCUUCGCUCUUUCAUGGAGCGCUGCUGAUGCUGGCAGGACUCCUCCGAUGGCGGCCGGCGGCCGUAGCUCGCACGGCGCGGGUCCAGGCUCCUUGUGCCCAGCGAAGCUUCUCUGAAGCUUCAGAGACGGCAGGUGAUCCAGGUGAUGCCCUGGUUCCCGGCGUGCGCGUCUACCGGCGCCGCCGUGCCGAGCACUGGCGAACCUUCCGCUGGGGCAUCGGAAGUCGGUUUCGCACGGACAGCAAGAAUCGCUUCACCCCAGUGCACAAGCCGCACCCCAUGAACUCGGUGGUGCGGGAUGACUACUACGACAGCGACCACCCCGACAUUGUCUGGAAUGAGCUGCGGGAGGGCUGGGAGGUGUUCUGGUACGAAAACUCGAAGCGCACCGCCCGACCCUUCCCAGUGAAGAAGUUCGGACUGGAGCGCGCCAAGCGAGAAGCUUUCGACUUCUACCGCGAGAUGGAAGCGGCUGGAAAGCUGGGCCAGCGUCCCCGGGUGGAGUCGCCGCAGACUGGCGUUUUCUUCGACCAGCGAUUGCAAGCCUGGGUGAGCCUCUUUUGGCGUGACCAGCGGCCCCAGUCCCGGUGCUUCUCCGCGGCGAAGUACGGAUUUGAGGGCUCGAAGAUGCUGGCCAUGGCCAAACAGACUGAUCCUGUGAACGGCGUGCUGGCGGUCCAGGGCGGAGGUGGCACCCCAAUCAUCCUGAAGGAGAAGGGGCUGACGGCGCAUGAGAUGAGGAAGAAGGGCGGCCCAACAGGGAUGAGAUACAAGUAAGUAUGUUGCUG